AUGGGCCUGCCGCUUAUGUCAUCGGUAGUGUUCCCUUUCUCCCUGGCAGCGGGUCUCGGAGGCAGCCAUGCGACUACGACUUGGAACCUGGCAGAUUUUGUAAGUCGACUGACGAGCGAGCUGCCGAUCUCGACGCUGUAUGGGGUUAUAGCUGGUGAUGCCACUCAGCUGCACCAGGUCCUGGCACACAUUGGUUUUGCGUUGUUUAGCGGCGUCGAUGUCCCGCGAGUGACCAGGCCCAGCAUCCGUACGUGGGCGCAAGAUCUGGUAGGCGAACUGCGCCGCUUGUUGCGCUUGCACGCGCUGCCUGCCGACGUGCUUGACCAAGUUAAUGGAUCCGUUGAACGGCGAUCGGCGCUGGGAAACGAACUGCUUCGUGUGAUGGAGCCGUUCGUGCCUGACCUCGUUGACUUCCUCGUUCGUGCUACAUCUGCGAGUCGAGCCGCUGCAUUCGGUGCUAGCAGCGCAACUUUCUUGCGUACGAUGGCGCAAGAGGUUGUUCGUCAAUUGCGCUCCUACGCACGAGGCGACUCGACUGAAUCUGAAGAUGAAAGUGAUGAGCGGUUGAAGCGUUUGCUGCGAGGGCUGCUCGUGUGGCUGGGCAUGAACGAGCACGUGGCCAGCUUUGCCGUUGACAGCUUGUGGUGCUGGACUGAAGGAGACAACACUACUGCUCGUCGUGGGCGUACUCGUCAACGCGAGGAGGGUGACAGCGAAGCUGGCGUUACCGAGUCGCCUGCUGCUAAGCGACGGCGUGAGUAG